AUGGUCGGGCAUCUGGAACAUAUAAGAAAGUUAUGGACGUCAACUUGGACUGAUAACCUAGUCAGUCAAAGUCAUAUGAGGCUAAGAUGGGGACGCAGCUACAUGUCUUUGGGCAUUUACUCCUUACUUCAAAACAACGUUGGGCGGAGCAAGGCCCUUUGGGUUCUACUCUCCUGUGGCCCGGGCGCCUUUGAGGCCCGGGACGACAGUUUACUUAACCGGUUUCUGUCAGAGAAAAGGAUUCUCAGGGUUACCAGACGCUCCUCCCCUCUCUACCACUUUACACAAAUUGAAUUAGAUGAAUGCGAUAGACAAUAUGGCGACGAAGCUGCUGGCGUUCGUGAACAACCUGCAGCAGAACCUGAGCACGGAGCGCCAACUCGAGAUGUUCCCGGAGACGUGGCAACAUUUGUGCCAUAUUCUUCACCAGGGAAAACACGUCGUCUACUGGCAAGGAGAAAUUCGCAAGCAAUUAACAGAUGCAUAAAGAAAGUUCAUUCUAAUGUUAAAGCUGAGCUCUGCAUAUAUGAAUCCGACCUCUAUUACUAUCUUGUAUCCUUUGUUGUAAAAUUUACUGUACAAGAAUUGACAGCAUUAAAACAGACUCUUUCCAGUAAAGAUUCAGAAAGUAAUGUAUUCAAGACGCAGAGUCAACAGAAGGAUAGUGAAUUAACAAAGUUGCGCAGUGAACUAGAGACCAAAACAAGAGAGUUGCAAGUUGCACAGACUGUUGCAACACAACUCAAACUGAAUGUGACUAAGCAGAUUGCUGAUGUUACAAAGCGGUUGGAUGACAAGAAACAAAUGUAUGAAAGUCGUGUCACUCAGCUUGAGAAGGAACGUGAUCAUUUAUCUCGUGAGGUGGAAAUGGUCAAUAAGAAGUUGCAGAUUCAGCAAAGGCAACUUGAGAACCUUCAGAAACAGGCAGCUGGGACUUCUAAACCAUCAACAAGUGGAGUGCCUUCAGAAAAAACAGGAUUUGAGCCUCCUCCAACAGCCAACAUAAAACCAAUGAAUGCCCCAGUUGCUCCUUCAGCCUCACCAAGGUCCCAGACAGCAACCCAAGUCGUUCCACCAUCCAGGGCCAUUCCCACUGCCAGUAUUCGACCUAUGGCUCCUCCUUCUGGAGGCUCUGCUCCUCCCCAGGGAUCAACAGUGGUUGUUGUAUCACCACUAGAAACUCAUAGUGAUGGUAUGGUUUCUUCCACUGUGACUCUCCCUCAAGCCACAGUUACUCCAACUCCUGCUAUUUCUGCACCAACCUUGCUGACAACAGCUACUACAACCCCUGCUGCCACCACAAUGACUAGCACAUUAACUGCUACUGUAUCACCUACUCCAGCAUCUGCCUCUCUAACCACUCCUGUGGCUCCAGCUGUUGCCCUACCAUCCACACCUUCCUCCCAGUCAACGCAACCUUCUGCUUCACAGUCCACUUUGGCCAGUCAGUCAUCUUCAGUAUCACAGUCAUCUGCAAUUGCAGAAUCAACUCCAGCUUCUCAACCUACAUCUAGUGGUCCAACAGUUCAGAUGUCCAAGUCAUCAGGUCAUCUUCAGACUGCUGCUGCUGCCUCAUCGACAGGGACUGCUCAGUCCACUUUGGCAAGUCAAUCUUCGUCAAGUGGCCAAUCGGGAACAGCCAGCACUUCUAUUGUAGUGCCAAUUGUGUCUGCAGUGCCAGCAUCUCCUGCACAGCAUGCUAGGCAGGACACUCAAGAGGUAUCAGCUGAUGCUUUGGUCUCACAAGCUAUUGCCCUUGUAUCACCACUCAGCUCGCAGGAAGUUGCAGGACCUUCCAGUGCUGGUUCUGCAAAGAGAAAAUUGGAGCCAGCAGAGGCAACAACUAAAGAAGCAAAGAGAGCAUGUGUAGAAGAUGAUGAAGCUGGUCCUUCAUCCUCACAUGGAGGACAGGAAAAUGAGGAGGAGCAGAGUGUUACUCCUGAAGAUCAUGAUACUGUAGUUGUAGACUCAGAUGGUGAAGAGCCUGACCAAGAGUAUAUUGAUCAAGGGGAAGAUGAUGAUGAAGAUGAAGAUGAAGAAGAGGAUGAAGAUGACGAUGAUGAAGCAAUUGAAGAUGAAGAUCAAAUGGAUGAUGAGGAUGAAGAUAUUAGAGUCAUUGAAGACAAUGAAGAUGACAUAGAAAGGGAUGAUGGAAGUCGUGGCUUCAGUGUAGGAAAUAACCAAGAAGGCAGGGAGGCUAGUGAGGAUAUGAGAAGUGCUGAUGCUGAGGCUGAAGCUGCUUCAGAAACAUCUGCACAUGUUGACGAAUCAAACAACGAAUCCCCAGAUGCCCCUAGUGAGAGCCAGAGACCUCAGCCAUCUGGUGGAUCAAGUCAGCCUUCUUCAUCAGGUCAAAAUGAGGGACCCUCUCAGACUAGCCCAGGGGUCCCCCUUGGCCUCCCCAGGCCUGUUGUUCGGCAGGAAAGACCAGUUGGCCGUCAGAACUUGGCACCUUUCAGUCAACUACCUCACUAUGAAGAGGGUGGUGAUGACAGCAUUGUACCAUCGACACCAACUCUGUUUGUCCCGAGGCGUGGAGAUGGGUUCUCUGAAGCAGUAAGCUCUCCACAGGUUCCAUCUGGUGGAUUUGUGUUUGGCUCUAAUGCAGAAGUUGCAAACCCACCUCAGACAAGUGGAUUGGCUCAGAUGGCAGAGGGAGGUUUAAUAGAUGACACACGCAUUGAUUUGGGUCUUGAUGAAGGAAAUAGAUCUCAGCCCACCACCCCGCUAAGGAGAUCUCCUACAGCUGAACUUGGAGCUGAAGGUGGAGUGAGUACUAGUGAGGGAGAGUCAACGCGUGAACCACCAACAGUUCUAGUGACAGGAGGUGAACAGUCCAGUGGGGAAACAUCACGUGAUUGUGAAGACAACUUCACAGAGGCAGAUUCCAUGGCUGUUGACAUUGGGGAUGACAAUGAAGUAGAGGAAGAAGAAGAAGAGGAUGAGGAUGAUGAUGUGGAGGAAGGAGAGCAUGAUGAUGUGAUUGAUGUGGAGGGUGAUGAAGAUGGAAAUGAUGAAGAGGAGAGCCAGGGAGGUGAAAAUGAGGAGAGAGAAGGAAGCAGUGAGAUGGAGCAACCUUCUGCGGAUGUGUCAAGCGCCCCUUCAUCCACUCCAAGUUCACCCUCCAAUCCAGCUCGAAGAAUCACGCCUAUUACAUGGGAUAACUCCCCACAGAGAAUGCGAGCAGAUAGAGGUCGUGGCUUCAUGGGCAUGCCAGGAGGACGAGGCCUCCUGAGGGGCAGAGGAUUCCCCCACAGCAUGAGAGGUGCUCCCCUCUUGCGUGGGCCCCAGCGUGCCAGGCGAUCGCGUCCAGGGUCCUUUUCAAGAGGAGGAAUGUAAUUGGGGAUGAUGUGACUAUUUUUUUCCAUUGUGUAUGUUGCCAGGAUGUAUAGGCAUGAGAGUGUGUGUUAUAGUUAUUUACUGGAAAGAAGAAAGGGGAUUGUGGUGUUAUAACAGGGAAAUGCAGUUUGUGUACUUCUAUUUUCUUUUGAGAUAUUUCAAGAUUAGAAUCAUGGAGACAUUGAAAUAUGGAUAGGGAAGAUAUAGCAAACAGAGCUAAUCUCUGUUCUAAGGUCCCAGAGACAUAGUAGUCGUGAGAAUUUUAAACUGUUAGGUAAUACAUCUUGCCCUAUGAUGCUUUAACAGUCUCAUCAUUAUUUUCAUAUGAAGAUACAAAGUGGGUGCUUUGCCAAAUGUACCUUUAAGAACAGUUAGCUGUAAAGUAGGGUUGGAUAUUAUCAUCAUAUUUGUCGUGACAGCCAAUAAAGUCCAUCUUAUCUCCAUUUCUGUUAUCCUUAUUAUUAAUUUUAUUUUUAUUAUUAUUAUUAUUAUUAUUAUUAUUAUUGUUAUUAUUAUAAUAAUCAUUAUUAUUAUUAUUAUUAUUAUUAUUAUUAUUAUUAUUAUUAUGAUAAUCAUUAUUAUUAUUAUUAUUAUUAUUGUUAUUAUCAUCAUCAUUAUUAUCAUUCUUGUUAUUAUUAUUUUGUUAUUAAUUUUUAUUAUUAAUUGUUAUUAAUUAUUUUUUCCAUAUUUUUUGCCAUUUUUAUUACUGAUAAGUUAUUUUCAGUUAACUAACAUAUUAAUGUCUAAGGAUUCUUACUAAUUUGUAACUGACUGCAACAGUGUCUUUCUCCCUCUCCCUCCCAGGCUGUUCUUGUAAUAGCUAUGAUUUUUUGAGCUUGAAUGUUUGAUAUUUUUUUAGUCAUUGUCUUUUCCUAAGGAUGUUAAGCUUAGACUUCCCUUUUUUUAUAAAUGAAUAUACAGUUUAGUUGAAAUACUACGAAACAAUAAUGUUUCAUAUUUUCAAUGAUCAAUAAUUAAAUUCCAUUUGAGCACAAGAUUUGAGGUUAGACAUGAAAUAAGGAUAUUUAGAAGAAUUUGUAUCAUUUAUUUCAUACCUUUAGAGUUUAUAGGUAGGCUGUUACUUUGAUGGCAUCAAUUCCGCUAGAAGAGGAACUCCGAUCCUGAGAGCCAGUAAAAUUGUCUGGUUUCAUUGUAAAAUUAAAUAAAUGAUAAAUAGAUA